ACCUCGACAGCCACACACUCCCACACACCCACGAAGAAGAGUAGCAAACAGCAAGCACACACAAUGCAUAGCAGCGAAUAAGCGUUUCAUAAAUGUAUAUUUUUGUUUGAAAAAUAAACAAGUGCAAGAAAAGUAGUGGCCCAUUGUGGCCGCAAAUGGAAAUUCGUAUGAAAAUGUCCACUCGGCAACAGGAAAAUCAACAACAGCAGCAACAGCAACAGAAACAACAGCAGAAACAUCACCAACAACAACAGCAACAACCAGAGCCAGUGGCUCUACAACAAGUGGAGGAAAAACUUCAACAACAUCAGGAGAAACUUCUCAAUAAAGUCAAAGAACUUGAAGAGCAUCAGGUAUAUCUGGCUACACAUACGGAAACAUUGAAGCACCACCAGAAGGCAGGACUACAACAAAAGGGUGAAGGAAUCAUAGAGCUAAAGGCACAGGAGCAGCAGAAAAAACUUCAACAACAGUUGCAGAAAGUUCAACAACAGCGAAUGCAGUUAACCAGUUCAACAUAAGCCACUCCAUCACAGACGGCU